ACUUCAAGUUUUAUAUGAAUUGCAUUGAUGCAUUCAGAAAAUUGUGGUUUUACUUUUAUAUUUCAAAGCGAAUUACUUCGUAUCUCAUUGCAAUAGGCUUAUUAAAGACUGGAAAGUUGAAAUCGUGAGAAAAAAGUUUCUCUAUUUGUGUUUGCUUAUAAUCAUUUAUUUUGAAUUCUUUUCUAUUUGCCGGUGACUAACGGUGCAUAUAAGUGACACAUUAAAAAUGGCAAAUUGGGCAGCUUUCGGCUCCAUUAUUCUUCCAAAUGUAGGGGGUUGGGCAAAUGGGAUCUUCUUUGCUGGACAAAUUCGUAGGGAAGAUAAAUCCUGGUAUGAUGAACUCAAGAAACCAUCUUGGAAUCCACCUAAAUGGGUAUUUGGACCCACAUGGACAGUACUUUACAGUGGAAUGGGAUAUGCUUCAUAUUUGGUUUAUGAAGAGUGUGGAGGGUUUACUGAGGAUGCAGUUUUGCCACUGACUUUAUAUGGAGGUCAACUUUUACUUAACUGGGCAUGGACACCCAUAUUCUUUGGCCUCAAGGACUUUAAAUUGGCAUUCAUAGAGAUUUCGGUCCUUGGCGGAGCUGCUGUAGCAACUACAGCCGCUUUCGCUAAAGUGAACAAGACAGCUGGUGCCCUAUUGGUACCCUACUUAGCUUGGUUGGCAUAUGCCAGUACAUUGAGCUACUACAUUUGGAAGAAUAACCCUAAAGAGAUCAAGGAUGAGAAGACACAGUAGAUGUAAACUUGACGACACCCAAGCAAUUGUCACCUAAGUGUUAACAUAGUCUAAGAGUCAAUAUCACAAACAUUCUUCGGAAGCAAAGCUUGACUGAUUUUAUCCUAAUUUUGUAAGUGCACAUUAGUAUUAUGUUAGCAAAAGUACAUCAUGUGCAAAAAAAUAUUCAAACUCUAUAAGGCUGUCUAAUAACAUUUUCAAUAAUUCUUAUGUAGGAGAAGAAAAGGAACAAAUCUGAAGCAAUAAUUAGCUAAAAUCCGAGCUAUUCGCUUGCAUACAUUCAAACAGUAUGUGCUUAAAUAAAUAAGUUUUUUUUGUGAAAAUGAAUAUUUUAGCCACUCUGCAUAUAAUGUACUUAUUUUUUUGUAUUUUUCACUAGUAUCAUGAAUCAAAGGUUGUUAAAUGUAAAAACUAAUAAACGUUUAGCUUUAUAUUGUAAAAAAAUGUAUUUUAACUAUUUGAAAGGCAUGGACUUGUCUCUCUUCUUGGUUAUUCGAAAGUCAGUUGAAUUAUUAAUAUGUUUAAAAAUAAAAAAAACCUUUAUUGUAUUAUGUAUUUAAGCAUAAAAUAUUGUUAUUCCACAAUUUUGCAUUUUUACCUAUUCCACGUCCUUAAACUAAGCUUUUUAUCUUGUUAAUUUUACGUUUUAUUUUC